AUGUGGGACACGCAUGUUCACUGCUUCGACCCAGAGCAACACCCUUUCAAACCAACCCGCACAUACACACCAGGGCCAGCUCCCCUUGGAUCCCUCUUGCAGAAUUGCAAGGCCAAGAAAGUUAAUCUAGUCCAAGCUUCAAUUGAAGAUGGGUACUAUGGCUUGAUCACUCACCUCAAACGCAUCCAUACUGAGCAUCCGCACAUUCUGGCUCGUGGAACCAUCUGUAUGGAUGAAAAAUGGGACAGCCUGACAGAUCAAGAAUUUGAUGUUUUGCACACGGCGGGUGUUAGAUCAUGCCGGGUACAUGGACUUUUUGGAACCGGAAGAAGAAGUCUGUUGAGUAUAGAGCAACAGAUUCGCCGGUUCGCCCGCUCGUAUCCGGCCCAAAAAUUUGGCUGGAGUCUCUCUGCACAAUUGCCCCUGGCAGUAUGGGCAUCUCUCAAGAAUUUGAUUCAGCAAGAUCCAGAGGUCUCAUCUCUGACUAUUAUUGCGGAUCACAACGGCUGUGCUACCCCUGCUGAUAUUGGUAGCGUGGAGCUUGACGCAUUUGUCAACAUGCUACAACCAGAGAAGUUCUAUGUCAAGAUUUCAGCACUUUAUCGACGCAGUGCUCAAUCCAUCCACGAAAUGAAACCAAUCAUCAACCGAUUUGCGACUUUGGCCCCACAGUGUCUACUCUGGGGCAGCGACUGGCCUCAUGUGGAUAGCAGCAACCGAACUCUUGACCCACCAAACCCUGUCCAUAAUGAUGCCAGAAGGGAAGACGAUGUUCCAUCAGAGCUCUUGGCCCUGCAAUCAUGGCUCAACGAGGAACAGUGGAAGGCGAUGCUCAUAUACAACCCAGAUAGGCUAUUCGGAAUAUGA